AUGGGUGAUAAUAGAGGCAUUACACAGUUGUGUACUACCGGAAAUUUAGCAGAAAACUGGAAAACGUGGAGAGCGAGAUUUGAAAAUUACUUAAUUGCUUCGGAAAUAAAUAAGAAAAGCGAAGAGACACAGUGUGCCCAGCUGCUUCAUUAUAUAGGUGAGGAAGGCUUUAAAAUAUACACCACAUUUGCGUUUGCAGAGGACGAAAAAAAUAAGUUAAAAUGUUUAUUGGAAAAGUUUGAAGUACACUUCCAAGGAAAAGAAAAUAUUGCAUAUGAAAGGUAUAAAUUCUUUACUUACAAACAAGACCCAGAACAACCAACCAAUAAUUUCAUAACCGAGUUGAAGAAAAGUGCAGGUAAAUGCAAAUUGGAAAAGCUUCAAGAUAGUCUUAUUGUAACAAUGAUUAUAUGUGGCAUUAAGAACAAUGAAAUACGAGAAAGACUAUUACAAGAAGAUGGUCUUACAUUGGAGAAAGCAAUCGAACUUUGCCAGGUAAUAGAGUCAUCCAGAGCCAGAAGUGAAAUGAUGAGAGUAGGAGCCUCGAGUAAUGUAAUAGAAGUGGAAGCAGUCAACAAAUCAGGUAGUUGUUACCAAGGUGGUGAGAAGGAGAAGCAUCAGGAGGUGAGUCAGAAUAUACAAAAUUGUAAUAAAUGUGGUCAAAGGUCGCAUCGGAUAAAUAAUUGUCCAGCCUUUGGUAAGGUAUGUAAUUUUUGUAAAUUACCAAAUCAUUUUGCAACAGUAUGUAGAAAGAAAAAAUUUCAAAACAAAAAGGUUAAUGAAAUAAAUACUGUAACUAAAAGUCCAAAGGUAACAAGUAGUUGUAAUGAUUUGUUCGUAGACAAUGUACUAGAAGUUAAUGCAGGGGAAAAUAAUUUCACAAAUACAGCAUGGUUUGCAGAUUUAAAUAUAAAUAAACAUAAAAUUACUUUCAAAAUAGAUUCAGGUGCAAUGGCAAAUGUAUUACCAAUGAGUAUUUUUGAAACUUUAGGAUUUUCUUACAGGGUAAUCAUGAAAACAAAUACAAAACUACAAUCUUACAAUGGAAAUAAUCUUAAUGUGGCUUAA